GUCCUGAUGCUGCAGCUUGGUUACAGAGCCGUCGUCCUCCCCAUCAGGAGCAUCAGCAUCCUUCCUCUCGCCCCCAUCCUCCUCUUCCUCCCUCUCGGCCAGAAGGACUAGUGGUCGGAUGGAUGGCGACCCGGUACUUCCUGGGAGGAGCCAUGAAACAGAUCUGCUUCUGUGCGGCCUCCUCUUUCACGACUCAGGACUGGACCAAAAACGACGAGAAACUCUUGCAGGCGGUGGAAUACAAUGACGCCGAGCGAGUCUCCUCUCUGCUCCUCCGCAAGGGCCUGAUCCCCACCAAACUGGAUUCCGAAGGGAAGUCGGCGUUCCACCUGGCUGCCCUGAAGGGGAAUGUGGACUGCUUAGAGGUGAUGCUUGCACAUGGGGCGGACGCUAUGACAACGGACGGAUCCGGUUAUGCAGCGCUACACCUAUCGGCGAAGAAUGGGCACCCGCAGUGUGUGAGCAAGCUCUUGCAGGCUUCUUGCCCCGUGGACAUCGCCGACAGCCACGGGAGGACGGCCCUGCACCACGCAGCUGUCCAUGGAUGCAUCUCUUGCCUGGAAAUCCUUUGUGACUUCAAGGCUUCCUUGAACAUGAAAGACCAGGAUGGGGCAACCCCCCUCAUGCUUGCCGUAAAAAUGAGCCAUUCCGAACUUUGCCGGUACCUGUUGCACCGGGGAGCGGCCGUCAAUGCCAGAGAUCAGAAAGGCCGCACAGCCCUCAUGGUGGCCUGCGAAAACGGCAGCGUGGAGACGGUGGAGGUGCUCGUCCACGGCGGGGCACGGGUCGGUCUCGUCGACACCACGGGCCACGACGCAGCGCACUACGGGGCGGCCACUGGCAACGCCCUGAUCCAGCACUACCUGCAGGAGGCGGCUCAGCGCCACUCGUGGGCCAGCGAGGAAGAAUCUGCCGACUGGUCCUCACAGGCCUCCACCCCAACUCAGUCUCUCUCCAGAGGAAGGAACAACAGCCCCCGGAAAAGGAAGGCGCCCCCUCCACCUUCAAGUACCCCCAACCAGGUUGGAAGGAGACCCAGUGAUCCUGGAGAGGACCGGGAUGCCUACGAGGAAAUCAUGAGGCUGCGGCAGGAGAGGGCGCAGUUCCUCCAGAAGAUCCGGAGUCUGGAGCAGCAGCAGGAGAAACAGAAGCAAGAGCAGCCAGAGUUCGAAGACGGUUCCAUACGGAUCUUAGAGAAACAAGUAGAAGACCUCCAGAAGCAGCUGGCAGAGAAAACAGGCGAGAAGGAAAAUCUUGGGAAGGAGCUGGAGGUCCUUCGGAGUCGCCUCUCAUCAGCUGAGAACGAGAAGGAGAACACCAGCUACGACAUUGAAACUCUUCAAGAUGAAGAAGGAGAGUUACUGGACUUUCCAGCCAUGUGGUCUCCACCACCUUGCGCCGAUGCUCUUUCUUUUUUGCCGCUCCAUUUUGUGCAGGUCUUGGAGAACUACGAGAAAGAUGAGGAGGGCGCGGAUGCCUCCGGCGACUUCAUCCCCAUCAUCCUGUACGACUCCCUCAAGACCGAGUUUGACCGGCUGAAGGAGCAGCACGAGGAAGCUCAGGAAGUCUUGAAAGCCCUGGAUGGCACCGAGGGGACGGGCGAACCUUCUUGCAAGCUCAUCCCUGCCGAGGCCUACGAACGGCUCAAGGCGGAUUACGAGAAGCAAACCGAAGCACUCCGAGACGCCCUGGAGAAGAGCAGCAACUGUUCCAUGAGCGGCAGGGAGCGCAAGGCUGAAACAAACUCGGGUUUUGGGUCAGAGAUAAACCAUCCGGUCGACGAAGGAGGAAGGAGCGACGCGGUGGAAGAGCUGGCAAAAGAGCUGAGGGAAACCCAAGAGAAAUACCAAGCCGCUUUGGCUGAAGUGAAGAUCCUCCAAGAACAGAUUGAGUUGGGAAUCCUCUCCAUGGAAGACAAGGAUGGUGUCGAGAGCAACCACAGUGAGCUCCAGGCUGUCAAGACAGCUUUGCGCCAAGCUCAGGAAGAUCUGGAGGAGCGCGAGCGAACAGUGAAGGCCUUAGAGAGCCGUCUCAGCGCUCACGAGGAUGAGGACCCCGGAGGAGGAGGCUACACGGCUCAAGAGUAUCAAGAGAUGAAGGCUUCCCUCAGUGCCUCACUGGAAGAGACAGCCAAGGCAAAGGACAUCCUGCAGGCCAGGUGCGCGUCUGCUGAAGCCGAGGUGCUGGAACUGAAAGAAUCCUUGGAUAAAAAAAACCGGGAGGUGCAAAAGGCCAACAAGGAGUCUUCUGACACCGAGAGCCUCCGGGGACUGCUGGAGUCCACGACCAGGCAGCGUGAGGAAUUGAAGUCGCAGGUAGAAGAUCUUCGCAAGGGACGCACGGCGCUGGAGGACGAGCUGCGGGUCACCCGGGAGAGGCUGGUUUCGGAGUACGUCCACAAGACAGAGCAUGAGGAGACCGUGGGGAAGCUGAAGGCGUCGCUCGCUGAGGCCGAAAUGGCUCUCUCGGAGCUGAAGGAGAAGUGCGGUGUUGCCGAGAAGGAGUUGGCUGAGCUUCGGGAGUCGGCAGAAGGGUACCGGCGUGACUCGGUGCCCCUGACCGAGCACCUCCGGGCCAAGGAAGCUCUGGAGGGGACCCUCUGGGAGCUGAAGGCCAAAGCCAAGCUGCUGGAGCAAGAGCUGAAAGUCAAAGCCCAGGAAGCAUCGGGGCUCCAGGCCGAGUUGGAUGAAGUCCGCCGAGGCGCGGUGUCCCGAGAAGCCCACGAGCAGCUGCGACAGAGCCUCCAGGGCGAGGUGGAGGCCUUGAACGCCAAGCUGCGCGAGCUGGCGUCCAAGCACGAGCGCACCUGCACGGAAGUCUUCCAGGUCCAGCGGGAAGCCCUGUUCAUGAAGAGCGAGAAGCACGCUGCCGAGGCCCAGCUGGCGGCGGCUGAGAAGCAGCUGCACGGCCUGCGGGCCGAGUCGGAGCGGAUCCGGGAGCUGCACAGCCACAUUGAAGACUCGGCCAAGCUGGUCAAGGAGAAGGAUCGGAAGAUCACAGAACUUUCCAAAGAGGUCUUCAAGUUGAAAGAAGCGUUGAACGACCUGUCUGAACUCGCCGGCGAGGCCUCGCCCAAAGCCGCCUCUCCACAGAAGGCUGAGCCCCGGCAGGACGUGGCCAUACUCCAGAGCAAAAUCAAGGAGCUGGAGCAACAGUUGAUGGAAGCCGAGCGGCGCCACAACAACAUAAUCUCUCUGUACAGGGGCCACCUUCUCUACGCCAUCCAGGGCCACAUGGAUGAAGACAUCCAGCGCAUUCUGUUCCAGAUUUUGAAAAUGCAAAGGCUUCAGGAACAAGGGAGAUGAGAUGGAGAAGCGACCACCGAUUCAGAGGAUGGGGGUGGGGUAGAUGAGUCCCCCCCCCCCCCGUGGGUGAAGGAUGGAGACGUUCACAGGAUCCCUCCCCGCUCUUCAUCCCCAUCUUUAGGGUCAAAUUUCACAUUCAAAGAAAUGCCUCCGUCUUGCGAUUCCAAUGUUUUCCCUCCAGGCACGGGGUUCCUUCAAAGCUACAUGCCCGAGCAAUCGGGCUUUCAAAUGAAGCUCGUGUUUCUCUCCGCCCCCAAUGACCAAUCACAAAAUACAAACGCGAGUUGAUUUGCGACAGAAAGAUCAGAGUCCAAAGCAUGCGGAAAUCCUUAGAUUUCUAUGGGGUUUUCUUUCAAUCCACUUUGUGUUUCUGCCCAUGGAGGAAGGGCAGAAGGGGGUCUGGUCUUCACUGGAACCUCCAGGCCCCUGAAGAGCUUUGCACCAGGCAGAAGUUCACCAGGAGCACCUGGCCUCUGUGAUUGUACCUUCUUGCCGGUAAAGGCUGUCCCUGUUGGAUUUCUGCCUGUCACAGGACUGUCUUGUGGGUUAUAAGGAAAAGAAGGAGGGGGGAAAAGUUAGAAAAAGUUUUUCCCAUCUAGGGGACUUGAAAUUAGCUGCGUUGGUUGCUGUUGCUGCUCUUGGCCUACCUCACAGGGCUGGCGUGAGGAUUCUGAGAAGCUGCCCUAUUACCUCUGGGAGGAUUUUUCCGAACUAGGUAGGAUGCAAACAUGACAGAAAAAGGUCAUGUUCAGCAGAGCUCUAUCCUUUACAUGCUUCCCUGAGAGUAACCCCCCCCCCAAAAAAACUCUGUAGGGUCCAAUUUCCCAAUAAAUUUUAACAAACAGAGGUAGGGCUUGUAAAAACAAAAUUUAACCAACCACUGUUGAGAAAACCUCCUUUUUAAGGUCACAGAAAUAAUGGGGGGGGGAUCUUCUCAAAAGGUUAUUUAUGCACCGCGUUGUGGACAUUCUCGUGUUCCAGAAAAACGUGACUCGGGGUUUUUUUGUUUUUGUUUUUUGACUUCUGAAUAAGGUUCUGCAUGAAAUGAGUUUUUUCAUGGCAGGCGAGAUGGAGAAAAUGAUGGCGGCUGUAUAUGAAAACCGUGGGCCUUGUUCUCAAACUCUGUGGCAAUAAAUAAACUGUCCAUUCUCAGCUGUA